AUGUACAUCUUUGGAUAUUCUUGCCACGCCAUUCGUGGCACCGACAAGGUGGAUUCAAUCCCCCUCAACCCGUGGUCCUUCGUGCGAUCCACGCCGACACCAGCCGUGGACUCACCACAUACAAUCACCAUGACUGACCAUGAGGCCGACCGCCGGCGCACAUCCUUCGCUAUCGACACAAGCGUUUCUACUCUUCCAGUCCCGGCGUCCCCGUUCCCCGAUAUUUCAUACAACGAUGCCGCUUCCGGCGCGAGGCGAAACUCAAGUCGUGCACCACGUCGUGAGGAGACUCGCGAUUCGGAGAAAGCUGGCCGCGUUUGGGCACGAUCGGUAGAUGAUCCUUGGUGGCCAUGUAUACUAACAUGCGAUGGAGGUGGCAUUCGAGGGUAUAGCACUUUGCUGAUACUGCAGGCUUUGAUGCACGAAGUAUGGCUGUGGGAAAAGUACUACGACGAGCUUGAUGGGAUAGUGAUUGAAGCACGAGCAGACAGCCCAGCGCAAGCUUCCGGUGCAUCUUGGAGAGAAGAUCAAUCUGGGUUUGGUGAUGAUGAUGUCGACGAUCCUCGUGGCAGACCAGGGUCACGAAGAGCAAACGAAGAUGCAUCACAGCCUUUGCAAGCCAAUGGUGAUAUCAAUCCGGCCCCGCCGGCAGCCGCAUCGGAAAUCCUCCGCCGAGACAGUCUUACAGCACAACCGAGUAAGCGGUGGGCGCUCAAGGAAGAGGAGUUGCUCCCUUGUCAUUACUUCGAUUUCAUGUACGGCACAUCCACGGGUGGACUGAUUGCAACAAUACUCGGCCGUCUUCGCAUGACCGUCAGCGAAGGACUCGAACUCUAUCGCCAGGUGGGAAACGACCUCUUCGGCUCAAGGCGAAGUAAUAUUCCGCUCAUGACAAAGUACUACCACGAACCACUUGAGAAAGCUGUCCGCGCAGUGGUCGCAGCAAGGUCUACCGCGCCUGGUCAUUCCGACGGCAAUGAUCUCUACCCAUGGCCCGCAGGCACUCCUGGAGCUGCGGUGGACGAUGGUGAGACUACGCUUGACGUCGACGAACCAAGGAUCUGCCAUGCCGCUUGCCUUGCCGCAACACACGACGGUAACCUCACCGAAGCAUACCUUCUCCGCUCCUAUCCCUUGUACUACACUGCCGCAACACCCAAUUGGAUCACAAGGUACAACGAAGGUGCGGACGCCCUGCCCAUCUGGGUCGCCACGCGCGCAACUUCGGCUGCACCAUUCUACUUCGAAAUGGUCCGCGCCAAACUUCCUGGCUCGAAUGAGGAGAAGCUUUUCAAAGAUGGCGGUAUCCGCGAGAAUAACCCAUCUGGCGCUGCCUUCUCAGAAUUUCAUGCACUGUAUUCUGGAAAAGCGCCUCAUCCAGCCUUGCUGCUCAGUCUCGGUACCGGCCGGCCCAACCGCAGCCUGGACGGCUUUGCUCAGUCCACAGAUGGCCAUAUUACAACACUUCCGUCGCCAUUCCAUCGGUUACCAUUCAUUGCGAAGUUUCUUGAGAAUCUCGCCGUCUUCCAAAACGUCCUUAUCAAGUACACCGAAGGAGAGCAUCAACAUGUGGCCACAAGAAACGCUGCUCGGGGAGAAAACACAUGGUACAAACGCCUCAACGUGGAAGGCCUAGAAGGCAUGCCACUGGACGACUGGCGCAAGGGCGCCUACCCUCCGCCUGAACCGUCUUCCGAGACGCCAGAGGAGGACAGCGACAACGACAACGACGACGACCACAAAUCACACAAAACAUCCUCGCUUCGCCACAGUCGUUACUCCGAGAUCUCAACAACACAAGCAUCUCCCGUCAUCCCCGGCGGCGCCACCCUUUCAGAGAUGAAACUCGCAACCGACAAAUACCUCCACCGCGAAUAUGAUGCUCUCGUCGACAGCUACGCUCCGCCACAGAUCAUGCUGCGCCAGGCCGCGAGGAAGCUGGUCCUACAACGCCGUGCAAGGGAGAAGUUGGGUGGACCCCGAUGGGACGUCUUUGUGGGACGGAGGGGGACCGGUGACGCUGCGAGAUGAAAAUACCUUUCGCUUCGGCUUCGCCUUUGGAUAAAACCUUUUCACUAUUUUUAUAGAAUUGUUGAUAAUGUCGAUAUGAAAGUUCUUCUUCUUCACAAGGAUGAAUGGGAGGAUGAUGAAGCCCGGCUGGUCCGGACUGCUCAUCUUCGCGCUUGUACUUGUGAACAUCUUGUUCCUGUAU